GAGGAGACGCAUCCUCUGCGCAGUGGUGGAAGCAACAUCUCUCAGUCAGCUUCGGACUCUUGUUUUUUUUGCACUUCGGGGCUCUUUUCUCUCUUUUAGAAUUUUGUUGUUGUCGUUGCAUUUGUGUUGCGUGUUUGUGUCUGUGUGCGCGCGCCCGGCAUCCAAUACUUGGACCGUGAUGUGGAUUUACAAGCUGCUGCUGACCCUCUCCGUGCUGCUCUGCUCAGAGGCCAGAAGAAAUGCGCUGCAGGACUACCAGAAGACGGACGGCGUGCGUCUGGUGGUCGUGACCCCGAGCCCUUCCCACCUGGCCAAAAGCAGGAAGGUCAGCCUGGCCAAGUGCGCUCGAACCUGCAGCCGCAACAAAAAACUCCCUUUCGCCUGCAGAGCGUUCAUCUAUGAUCAGCAAAACAGGAAAUGCCAGUGGCUGUCUUUUGACCGCAACUCGCCCGCCGUGGAGACCCAACACGACUUCAACGUACAACUCUAUCAAAAGAAAGAUUACAUUCGCGAGUGCAUCGUGGGUACCGGUCAGAGCUACAGGGGUCGAAGGUCGGUAACGGUCAGUGGGAUCCUGUGCCAGGCCUGGGCCUCCCCUAUUCCUCACGAACACAAAUUCAUGUCCAAGCGUUUCAGCAAGAAGGACCUCAGGGAUAACUACUGCCGAAACCCGGAUAACUCCACCGUCGGACCGUGGUGCUUCACCACCGACCCGCGGCCGCACCUCAGGCACCAGGAGUGUGGAAUCCCUCAGUGUUCACAGGUGGAGUGCAUACAUUGCAACGGCGAGGGUUACAGAGGACCCAUGGACCACACGGAGAGCGGGAAGGAAUGCCAACGCUGGGACCUGGAGGAGCCGCACAAGCACUCGUACCACCCUGACAGGUAUCCCGGCAAGGGCCUCGACGACAACUACUGCAGGAAUCCAGACGGACGCCACAGGCCCUGGUGCUUCACCAUGGACCCGAACACAAAGUGGGAAUACUGCGCCAUCAGAGUUUGCGAAACCCCUCCGAAAACAACUGCGGUGGAAACCAGCGAGUGCUACCAGGACAGGGGAGAAGCGUACAGGGGGACGGUGGACGUGACCCCCACGGGGCUCACCUGCCAACGGUGGGACGCUCAAUACCCCCACAAUCACUCCUUCAUCCCGCAGGCGUACCCUUGCAAGGAUUUGAGAGAAAACUACUGCCGGAAUCCAGAUGGCCAGGAAUUCCCGUGGUGCUUCACGACGGACCCAAGAGUCCGCACCAUGUUCUGCACCAACAUCCCUCAGUGCGGCUCCCAAAACAAGCCCGACUGCUACGAAGGCUUUGGAGAGAAAUACCGGGGGGAGCAGUCCAGGACCAGAGCCAAUCUGCCCUGUUCUCCCUGGGGGGAGCACAACAACAGCGGUGAGAGAGGUCUAACGGUUGCCGGCCUGCAGAGGAACUACUGCAGAAAUCCCGACAAAGACAAGCACGGACCGUGGUGUUACACCAACAACUCUGCCAUACGGUGGGACUACUGCAAUGUGAAGCCAUGUGACGCUUCCCAGAACACCGUUCCAGCAGGCGAGCUGGCCUCCGUGGGCUGUUUCGUCCACAAGAGGACCCGAAUCGUCGGAGGGAGUCCGCUGAACGUGUCGGCCGGCAGCUGGAUGGUCAGCAUACAAAAAGGGUCGUCUCACUGGUGCGGGGGUUCGCUCAUACGAGAGGAGUGGGUGCUCACGGACCGGCAGUGCUUCUCCUCGUGCGUUCCUGACCUGAGCGAGUAUCGGGUGUGGCUGGGCGUGUCCGACAUCGGAGUGGGCGCUUUGGAUCGGGCCACCGGACAGGAAGUCCGCAUAGCGCGGGUGAUAUGCGGCCCCGAGGGUUCCAGUUUGGCCAUGCUGAGGCUCUCCAAGCCCGCCCUGCCGGCAGACAACGUGCACACCAUUCAGCUGCCCGUGGACGGCUGCUCCAUCCCUGAAGGAACACUUUGCAAUUACGGAUGGGGAGAGACCAAAGGUACAGGCCACGACGAGGUCCUGAAGGUCGUCGACCUCCCCAUCGUGAGCAACGACAAGUGCAGAGAGCUGCACAGGGGCAGCCUGCACAUCAGCAACAGCAAGAUCUGCGCAGGAGGCGUCAGGAAUGAGGGCGUGUGCGAGAGGGAUUACGGCGGCCCUCUGGUGUGUCAGGACGGCGAAAUGAAGGUCGUCAUCGGCGUGAGCGUCCACGGCCGAGGCUGCGCCCGCGCCAACCGGCCCGCCAUCUUCAUCAACGUGCCCUUCUACGCCCAGUGGAUCUACAAAGUCUUCAAGCAUUACUCCGAGCCGUAGCUCAGCGCCGAAGAAACACGCGACCGGGGCGUCACGCCGACGUCGGAACCGGCAAAAUGACUCAGCGGGACUCCUCGGCUCUGGAGGUCGCGCACGGAGGAGAGGAUUGCGUCGGAAUAGCGGAUGGGGAAGUCAAACGGAAGAUUUACACGCACCGGGAACAGAGGACGCACUUGCUCUGACGGCAAACGACGGUAAUUAACAUUAGAAGAAGAAGAAGAAAAAAAGUUUAGUAGGAAAUAAAAGCGGCAAAUAGCGACAAGAUGGCGCCCAAAUCACAACAUCAAAUUGUGCGGGACAGUCGGGGAAAGUUUUAUAACUUUGCCGCCAUGGAAUAUUUCAAAAUAGCGGCACAAAGAAAAGAUAAACAAAAAAGUAAAGCUCAAGGGAAAAAAGCUAGUUUAUUACAUAAAUAACGUCGCAGUUAAAACGUAAAAAGUUGGCGUUUCUCACUCUGAGGUCUCAAAUUCUUACAAUGAUAACAAAAGAAUAAAAUCAAAAUACAAAAGAAACAUUUUGUUCAGGUGAGAAAAAGUUGGAAAUUAAAAACGAUCAAUUUGUAAUUUUAAAUUGAGAAUGAACUGCCCGGUACAAGAAAAUAUGAUAAUUAUCUGACAAACUUAUGAGGAUAAAAGUCAAAAAGUUAUUUUACAAGAAAGCUCGUUCGUAAAAAGAAAGCAAAUGUAAUCUUGCCAGAAUAAAAUCACAAUAUUGCGAGAAUGAAGUUGCAGUGUGAUGAAUAAAUUUGCUAAUAUACAUAAUAAUAUAAAACAAAAUAACACUGGAAACUACUACGCAAGUAAAAAAAAAAAAAAAAAAAAAAGUCUUUUCGUCAUACCUUGACUUUUUUUUGUAUUCUACAGAAAAAUAUUUUACUUGCACAAUUACAACUUUGUUUUUGAAACAUUAUCAUUUUAGUCUUGUCACCAUACAAUUUUUUUUCUUUAAAAUUCUAACAACUAUCAAUCAGACAAAAAAAAAAUAACCAAUUGCUUGGGUUGUUUCUCCUGGUCACUUGUUUCUAGGCAGAGUUCAGAGGGAUCAGUCGUAGUUACCUAAUAGAUGAAAUGGAUGGCCCGUUUCGUUGAUAAAAUGUUGAUGCACGCUCAAAUCACGACUCCGUACUCAACAUAAACUUCCUUUUUGACGGAAUAGCCCCGCCCCCUUCUGCCGGCUAUGGCGGGGCGCCGCCACUCCUGCUGAGUCCCCACCGGGUACUGUAGCGAACGCGCUGAAAGGUGCGAGUACUUUGGAUUCCUGGCAUUACUUGAAACCUCGGAACACUGCGGAGGGCAGGGCAAACGCGCUCCUUUUUGUGUACAUAGUAUUUAACGAGUGUGUUUGUGGCACUCUAUGUUGGGUCUUAUAGAUCUACGGCGAAAGAAAAGGAGCGGAAUGAAUGUCCAAUGGAAAAUUCAGACAUUCAGUCACAUUGUAGCUUUCGGUUCAGUCUCUGUCCAAUGUGUAUAUAUAUAUAUAUAUAUAUAUAUAUAUAUAUAUAUAUAUAUAUAUAUACACACACACACACCUAUAAACCUCACAUUCAUUCAAAGCCACUGACUAAUGUCUAUGUAUCAAUACUGUGUAUUCUCUUUUUGUUCUGAACCGUGUAUGACAAUUUUAUUGGGAUGGGAGCGCCAAGACUGUUUUAUGACAUUUGUAUUUUAGGUUUUGCAAUUUGGGAUGGGCACUGCUGAAUUUUUUUUUACAUUUGAAAAAAAAAAUGGUCAUAAAAAAUGACAAAUUAUAUAAUGUUACAUUGACUGACAAUUUGAUUUUGGUUAAUUUAAAUAAGCAUUAAAAAAAAAUAAAACAGGCACGGUGAUUCAGCGGGUAAAGCAUUGGCCUCACAGUUCUGAGGUCCCGGGUUCAAUGGUGGACGCGCCUGUGUGGAGUUUCCAUGUUCUCCCCGUGCCUGCGUGGGUCUUUUUCUCUGGACAUUCCGGUUUUCACCCACAUCACAAAGACAUGCAACUUUAAUUGGACACUAUAAAUUGCCCCUAGGUGUGAUUGGGAGUGCGGCUGUUUGUCUCUAUGCGCCCUGCGAUUGGCUGGCGACCAGUUCAGGGUGUACCCCGCCUCCUCCUCGUUGACAGCUGGGAUAGGCUCUGGCAUUCCCUGUGACCCCCGUGAGGAUAAUCGGCAAAGAAAAUGGAUGGAUGGAUAUGUAUACAUAAUAUCUAAAGCACAGGUGUCAAAGUCAAGGCCCGGUGGCCAAAUCUGGCGCACCGCAUGAUUUUAUGAGGCCCGCGAAGGAAAAUUAUGUUCAUCAACUUCCAUGAUUAAAAAAAAAAAAAUCUUUUCUAAAGUUUAAAAUCAUCAUAUCAUAAAUGAUAACGUUGAGAUAUUGCAAUCAAUAUUCUGUGCCCAGGGUUAGUGUGAGGAUAAGCGGCAAAGAAAAUGAAAGUAUGGAUGAAAUAUGAAGAGAGAGAGAGAGAGAGAGAGAAAUGUAAAGAAAAAGUCCCAAGAUAUGGAAAACUGUUUUGUAAAAUCUAUGGUCACACAGCGCAAGUCAAGUGUGAUCUGGUCCAGUUGUACAAGAAGAAUAAUGUAUACAGUAAUAUGAUUUAAAAAAUAAUGACAUUAAUUUUGGGGAUGGGUCGUUUUAUAUCUCGCAGGAAUUAAUUUUAAUAGAGAAAAACAUUUUCACUGGAAAAAAGACUGAAGCGUGACUAAGAGGUCUUAAAUAUGAUUAUAAAAUGCCCUUUAAAACUCUUCUAUGUGGUUUGCCUAAAUCCGAUGGUGGUGAAAAUUCGGAAGUACUUUCAAAUACUUUCAUGAAAGAUGAGAGAAAAUGUCUUUGAAUGUUCUGAACAUCUAUUUCAUCUCUGAAAUCCGUUGCCCACCCUGAUUUGCAAAACCAAAACCACUGUGUAUGUUUAUGUCCUUGUACAGUAUAUAUUUUUUUUGUUCGUAUAACCGCAUCAACUAUGAAACCCAACCCUUGCUUUCCCAAUAUGCUAAAUGUAAAAUCCUCUUGUAUUUUUUUACGUUAUCUGAAUUAUUCUAUCACGUGUCACACCAUUAAAUGUGUUCCUCAUUUAAUUUCCCGUCAUUCACUUGCGUGCCGGCUGCAAUAUGCUGACCUUGCUGCAGAUGGCGCCAUAGUAGCACAAAGAGGUCCUCCUUAGUCACGUGCGAGUUUUUUUUUACAUUUAGCGUCAUGCUUUCACUUCAUAAAGUCAAUUUAGCCUUUAAAAAAAUAAUAUUAUUCGGUUUUAAUAAAUGAGGUGCGUGUGAAACAGCCCUUGAUAUGCUAAUCCCAUCUGUGUGUGUGUGUGU